AAAUAGCAGGUCUCUCACAGUGCUGUUCACUUUUGUGCACUGUGCAUUUAGUUUCAGACAUUUGUAUCAAAUAACUGUAUCUUUCUUUAUUAUCUGUCUUGUUAGUUUCUCUUUUUACAUCAAGGGAAACGCAUAUUCACAAUGGGCUCAGAAGAGAAAGCCAUGGCCGUAUCGAACUCCACAUUUGUUCGUCCUGCAAAGUUCUAUCUGAGUGGGUUUUCCAACAUUCCUCAUGUAAAGUAUUACUACGUCUUCCUGUGUUUUGUCUACAUCGUGACUGUUAUCGGGAAUGUUUUCCUCCUCUCAGUUAUUUACCUGGUGAAGACUCUUCAUACCCCAAAGUACAUGAUUGUGUUCAACCUGGCUUUGACAGAUCUGUGUGGGAGCACUGCUCUCAUCCCAAAACUCUUGGAAACAUUUUUGUUUGACAGGAGAUACAUCGUCUACGAGGCUUGUUUGAGUUAUAUGUUCUUUGUUUUGUUCUUUGGUGGUGUGCAGUCGUGGACACUUCUGACUAUGGCAUAUGACAGAUUUAUAGCCAUUUGCUUCCCUUUAAGGUAUCACAGUUUUGUGACUACUAGAGUGGUUGCUGCAAUGCUGCUGUUUGCGUGGAUUUUCUUGUUGAGUCUAGUGGCAUUUGCUGUGGGGCUCAUUGAUCGCCUGUCGUUCUGUGGAUCUUUGGUGAUAAAAAGCUUUUACUGUGACCAUGCACCAGUAUAUCUUCUGGCCUGUAACGAUACAUCUUUAAACAACAUCGUGGCAUAUGUUGCUUUUAUUUCUGUCUUAUGUAUUCCUCUUAUAUUAAUAGGGCUCACUUAUGUUAGCAUUACCAUCGCUCUGAGCAGGAUCGCGUCAGGAGAAGAACGUAUGAAAGCUCUGAAAACUUGUAGUUCUCACCUGAUUCUUGUUGCUGUUUUCUUCCUACCACUGGUGGGCACCAACGUGGCUGCAGUGACCUCUACUGUCCAUCCAAACGCUAGGAUCAUAAACUCCUCUUUGACGCACACCAUCCCUCCGUUUCUUAAUCCUAUUGUUUACUCUCUGAAGACAGAAGAAGUACUGAGGGCUAUCAAGAAGCUUUGCAAAAGAAAUGGACUUACUAACAAAACCACGAAAUAGUGAAAUUUAUCACUAGACUAUAAUGAUGUAUGAAGUGUUUAAGUUGAAAUUGUUACACUGUUAUUUUUGCCUUUCCUGUACUGUAUCACAAGACCAAAUAAAAUAGUUUAAUUAUAUUGUACUAGCUAGAUGACAUAAAGCUCACUAUU